AUGGAUUUUAACGCUCAGGUAAACAAUAGCCACACUGAGGAUGUCGCCUUGGAUGAAGACCUUAUGAACUUGGCUCCUCUUCUACAGCCGGAUACUUCAUUUACAGCUAGAGAGGAUGAAAUUAUGAGAGAAAAUUUCAUGCUCCCAAGUCCAUUGAAUGUUAUGGAUACGGAAGCCCAAACCUUCACACAGGGCCCUGAGAAUUGCAUCCCCAAAUACAGUGAUUCCGAGAAUGAUGAAGAAGCUAAAAUCCGUCAAAACUACUCCGCUGCUACACCUGUCUCUGAAGUUUCCGACACUAUGUGGAUAAAAAUAGAAAAGGACCUGGAUAAUAGUGAACUAGAUGGGGAUUCAGACAAAAUAUUCCAAGAGGCAAAGGCGGCUUUUGAAGCAGAAAAGAACCCCAGCCUAGAAAGCCAAAUUCGCUUUGACAAGUUACAGGAAAAAGAACGCAUGCGGCUUUCGAGAGCACAGCUUCGAAAGGCGUCGAUUAAACAAGAGAACAGUAUACGGCCUGGCUGUAUCGAUGGUAAUGAGACCGAAGCGGUCGAGAUUUCGAAAGUCCAAGGGGAUAUGGUCCAAAAUCCCGACCAAGGAGAAAAUUUCGAACUGUUUUGCGCUGAUAAUAACGAAAGCCCAGUACAGGGCUUAUGUGACUAUCCCUCUCCUGACAAUCAGGAGUUGCUACCAGCGUCUAUAUGGGAGCGCACUCAAAAACCAAAAGAACCAGUCAAACCAAAGGGAAGAUGUCGUCAAAAUGGAACGUCAAAGCAGGGAAAGAAAGCAACAAAUGACAAAGUUAAGAAAACCAAGGAAAAGCGCAAUAAUGCCCGAGGACGCAAGUCAAAUGGGCCCUCCAAAUCGAAAAAAGGUUGUAAAAACAGAGAGUCCACUACUUUCAACCUUGACAGCCUAUUUACUUGCAAUAUUGUUGAGAGUGCAAAACGGAAUGUCAACAAGAACGCAAUACCAGGGUUUUCGGCGGGGGAUAAGAGAAAGGCAAUGAGGGAACUUAUGGCCAGUAUUCCAACUGACGAAGAGAUUGAUACGGAAAGCAUGUCCGAACAUAAAAAGGCUAUCAUGGACUCUAUAAUGAAGUUCACGAAACGUCCCAGGGCUGACAAAGCCGGUGGCUGGAGGCAUAAAGAUAUGACGACAAGCUUAUUCCAUUACCAGCGUGACCGUGAAAACUCGUCUGCUGCGCCCAAAGGCGGGUUUUUAUGCGAUGAGAUGGGCUUUGGUAAAACAAUCCAGGCAAUUGCAAACAUGGUGGACGGCAGUGCUACCCUAGACAGCAAGGAGCCAAAGACUACGUUGAUUGUUACGCCAACCCAUUUAAUUGAGCAUUGGAAAGAUGAGUUAUUAAAACAUGUCAAAUCUAGUGCACUAGGGAUUAUCGUUGUUUAUCACGGAGCUCAGAAGCAAGAUCUAAGACUUAUCAUCCAGUCGGCAGGACAGCAAAACAUCGGAGCUAUAAUCACAACCUACUCCGAAAUAAGAGCUUCUUGUCAUUUUCCAGUCCCUGAUUUUACGAGUAAGGAGGAUGAAAAUAAAUGGAAAUCAGAUAAUUGCUGUUUCCUGCAUAAUUUCAAGUUUCGGCGCAUCUAUCUGGACGAAGCGCAUGAGAUUAAAAACCACAAGUCUAAAACUAGCGAAGCAGUCAGGCUUCUGGUUGCAAAAUUUCGUUGGGUGAUAACGGGGACCCCAAUUCACAAUUAUAUCACGGAAUUCUAUUCCUAUUUUGAUUUUUUGAAAGUCCCAGGAUUAGAAAAUUAUUAUCUAUUCCUUGCCAAAAUUGUGAAGAACGAUCCUGACCAUCGUAAACUCAUCAACUGCCUUCGUGCAUUUAUGUUGCGCCGAACUCAUGAAGCAACCCUUUUUGGACUACCUAUUCUCAAGCUUCCUGGCAUUGAUGAAAACACGGUAGUUGUUAAAUUCUCUAUUAUUGAGAAAGCCCUAUAUAAAAAAAUAAUAGGGAACUUUUUAGACAAGCAUCUUCAUACCAUGCGCACGGUUGAGGGAGUUAGCAACUAUCUCACUCUUUUGAUGUAUCUACGGAUGUUCACUUCCCACCUGCUAUUACCUGAUAAGGUAAUUAAUCAGAUAUUGACUCGUCAAUUCAUGCAAGAAAUUCAGCCUGAAAUAAUACAAAGCUCCAAUGCCGAGGACAUGGAGAUGUACAACUCCCUUCAGACGGCACGGUUUGAGGACCCAACGGGCCCUCUACAUGUCCAGGCGGAAACACAAUCGGACACUAGAAUCUCAUCAUUGUUUGAAUCCUUGGUGAGCGGCUCAGAGGGCAAUAAAAGCGUCAUGGAUUGCUGUGCAUGCAAACAAAGACAAACAUCUGGUCUCAUAAUGUCGUGUAUGCACCUUUGUUGUUUCGACUGCCAACCAAGCUUACCACAAGUUGGACACGAACAAAUUACAUGUCGUUGCGGCUCGACAGUAAACUACGAAAUAUGCCUUGAUCUCCAGCGCCUCUACCAUAGCAAGCCAAUACCGAUAGUAAAAGGCCCCAAAACUCGGCACUUCAAUGUACCUAGAGAGGAUGAGAGAGCCCAUAUUAUCAAUACCAAUUACAAUAUACCUAGUGCGAAGUUAAGGGCUGUGAAAACAUUCGUUUCUCGGUGGCUCAAGGAAUCCCCAGGUACUAAAAUCACAAUAUUCACACAGUUUAUAGGAAUGAUCAGCGCCCUAUGCACGCUAUGUGAUGUCGAAGGUUGGGGGUACACCACGCUUUGUGGAAAAAUACACCAUCGAACUAGACACUCCAACAUCAAAAGAUUCCGCGAGGACAAAAACACUAGCAUCUUAAUCUCCUCGCUAAAGACAGGGGGAGUGGGCCUCAACCUGACUAUGGCUAAUAAAUGCAUCCUGGUUGACUUGUGGUGGAACGAGGCAAUCGAACAACAGGCAUUUUGCCGCCUGUUCCGUAUAGGCCAAGAGAAGGACGUCGAAAUCGUCCGGAUAUGUGUGGAGAACACGGUUGAUGACCGUCUCCAGCUCAUCCAGAGCGUAAAAACCAAGCAUAUUAAACAGGCUAUGGGCCCAGCUGUCCUUGCGCAAAGGCGAGUCAUUGAUAACCUCGCUGAUAUCUUGAAACUUUUCGGAGCUGAGGAGGACGAGAAUACCGACAAAGGAUAUAGAUUCUUAUCGGAUGAGGAGAUGGCCACACAAUUAAACGAGAAGGAGAAGACCCCGGAUGCUGACGCCAACUGA